GGGCGUGUUUCUCUCGGCCCCAACAGUCUCCGCUCUUGUGUGGAGUCCAGAGCGAAAAACGCACUUCUUCUGGUGCGACCAGGGAGCGCAAAAGUAGCAGCUCUCCGACCCUGACGCGCACACCAUCUCCUGAUCUGGCGGAACCCCGAUCCUAGCUUCAACCAAGAGGAGGAUUAUUGUUAUUAUUAUUAUUAAGAAACAACAACAACAAAACAAACAAACAAAAAAAACAAAACAAGAGCUUUUUCCCCCCAUCUUCCAGCCAUGGACGCAUCUCGAGCCGUUACGGUAUAUCUGGGCCUCCUCCUUGUUUUCCUUGGGAAUAUACCGUGUUUCCACUCUGCUGCUCUCAUCUCUCCCUCUACGCCGAGGAGGAAUAGGGAAGCCAGGAUUUUUCAUCAGCACGGACAAAGGUCAUCCAAAUUCUUAAAAGACAUCUUGGCGUCUUCGCACCCUAUCGCGGGACAUCACAAAGAAGACCCAAAGGACACUAUUGUUCCGCAUGAAUACAUGCUGUCCAUAUACAGGACAUACUCGGCUGCAGAGAAACUCGGACUAAACGCGAGCUUUUUCCGCUCUUCCAAAUCUGCCAACACCAUAACAAGUUUUGUGGACAGAGGAACAGACAAUCUUUUGCACUCUCCGCUGCGAAGACAAAAGUAUCUGUUUGAUGUGUCAACCCUUUCAGAGAAAGAGGAGCUGGUCGGGGCGGAAUUAAGGAUAUUUAGGAGAGCGCCGGGAAAUUUGCAAUCGUCCCUGCAGCCGACGGGCCUCUACGACAUGCAGCUGUACCCCUGCCACUCCGACAGGCUGUUGGACUCUAGGUCUCUGGACCCGCUGGACUCCACCAAACCUGGCUGGGAGGUUUUGAACGUGUGGGAGCUCUUUAAAGCUCACCAGCAUCAUCAUUAUCAUCACCAUCGUCCACCUCAUCAGCAACAACAUAACCAACUCUGUUUCCAGCUCAGAGUGACUCUGGGUAAAUCAGAAACUGAGGUUGACCUGAGGCAGCUGGGGCUGGACAGGAGCGGCCGGAGCCAGCAGGAGAAGGCCAUCCUGGUGGCCUACACCCGCUCCAAGAAGAGGGAGAACCUGUUCAAUGAGAUGAAGGAGAAGAUCAAAUCGCGGAGGUCUGUAAGCGAGAAGGUGAGGACGACUGUGGUGAAGGCAGCAGCGGAGGAGGGGGUGUCGCCGCCGAUCAGCGGUCUCAAAGGAGAUGGUCCCCGGCGGCGGCGAAGGACGGCGCUGAGCAAUCGCCACGGGAAGAGGCACGGGAAGAAAUCCAAGUCCCGAUGCAGCAAAAAAGCGCUGCAUGUGAAUUUCAAAGAGCUGGGCUGGGACGACUGGAUCAUCGCACCCCUGGACUACGAGGCGUAUCACUGCGAGGGGGUGUGCGACUUUCCCUUGCGAUCGCACCUCGAACCAACCAACCACGCCAUCAUACAGACACUCAUGAACUCCAUGGACCCCAACAGCACCCCACCGAGCUGCUGCGUCCCCACCAAACUCAGCCCCAUCAGCAUCCUCUACAUAGACUCGGGCAACAACGUGGUGUACAAACAGUACGAGGACAUGGUGGUGGAGCAGUGUGGGUGCAGGUAGCGGCCAUUAUUCCUGGAAAAAGAUUUGAAUAGACAGACCUUAAAAAAAGAAACGUUCUGAUGGCUCCAAGGCUGAAGGUAUCAAGUCCUCACGGGUCUGACAUGCUUUUACGCAAAACGCGCCUCGUCUUCAUUCAAAAGGGAUGCGCACACGAGGCACCAGCUUUUAUUUAUUCACUCACAUUUAUUCACACUCUUUGCCUUAAAGUGUUUCGCACAUGCAAUUCUCGUCCACGCAACAAGUUACCACUCAUCAGGCAGAAUUCUGUUUUCCAGCAAGGAACGGGUACAUGAUGCGUGAUGUGACUUCAGGCCAAGAUGGGAACCCGUUUUUUUUCUUCUUCUUUUUGUCCGAGCGUGCACCUGUUCGUGCCGAGGCCAGAGGACAGUGGGAUCUGCCUGUCAGCAGUGCUUUGUUGCAGCUCUCCCGCGUGAUCCUGCCAGCCGGGCCGAACUCUUUUGGGUAUGUGCAUCCAGGCCGUAGUGGCCGCUGUCCAGCUGGAGUCGUUUCAGGCCCGAGCAAGUGCCUGCUUUCCAAAUAAAAAAAAGAUAAAUAAAUAAAGAGAGGGUGAGGGAGGGUGAAUGUCUAAUCUACCAAACACAAACACAGACUGGUCUGAAGAGAAGAGAUAAGAUGGUGGUAGUAAUGCCUUCAAGAGAUUUUUUUCUUUCUUUCUUUCUUUUUUUUUUUUUUUUUUUUUUGCAUAACUGGAGACCAGUUAAGAGGCGCUGCGGACACAGAGGACUCGUAACCAGACUUGUGCCCAACUGAACGGGGGCCAUGUUGUAUAAACCAUAAGGAAGAAAGCACACAUGACUGAGGCGAACUUUAUUUUUUCUGCAUCUUUACGAAAUGCACUUCCACAUCAGAUUGCGCCACGGACAGGUGGUCAGCCAGAGUUUGUCUUCUCUGAUGAUAAAAUAUAAAAAAAACAAAAGAUAUUUAAAUGCACAUUAGCUUUGAAUGCACUGCUGUUAAAUUUUGUUUUUUUGUUUGUCUCAAGUUGUAAAUAUUUGUACAGUGGAAAACUUUACAAAGUGCAACGAAUGAAGAAAUGAGCAAACGACAUUUCUUUGUAAAUAUGCUAAAUGCACUCAAAUCGGUAUAAUUUCUAUUCUAUAAUUAUUUUAUUAUUUGUGAUGUACAGAGUUCCAUGAUAAUCAUAUAUUUCUUACGUUGAUGAGAGUAAUUUAAGGUGUCUUCAAUAUUUUACAGAGGGUGGAAAAUUCCAUUAUUAAUGUCUACCUCAUAAUUGCAUAUAGGAUCUGAGUUUGAGGUGCAUUCAGUUAGAGUGUAAAGAGCUUUUACAAUGAUAUAUAAGAUCAUUUAUAUACAUAUAUUACUGGAUAAUAUUCCACACCAUUACU